AAACAGUAUCUUGGUACCUCUUAGGGGUUCUUUUCAAAAUUUCCCACGAGCACCCUCGUCCUUUUUAUAUGGGACCGGAGUCUCACCCCUGGCAACGGGUGAACGAUAACUACAGGUAAGGAAUAUUUGAACAUCAAUCCUUAAAACGGAUGGUAAUCCAGUCAUUUUUCAUAUUCCUUUCUAUCUUUUCUCUGUUUCUUUGGCAAAUGCUAGUUAAGUCUUCAGAUAUGUGCGUCAAAAUGUUAAAUUGCGAGAACAUUAGCACCUGUUUUAAUUGGCCGUGUUUAAUUGUCCGGACCAAUUUCUGAAAAAAACUUGACAUAAUCUUUUUUUCUUGGGCGGGGAAAUAUUUCACUCUCUCAAUACUUUCAAGCAACCAGUGGGUCUAUUUUUCCUACUGAAAGUAAGAUUUUUGAAUAACAAAUGAACUGCUAUUUUAUUAGCUCAAAAUGACACAUUUAUUUUGUUCACAAGGCGCCGUUUUAAAAUAACGAGUGUAACUCGAGUCGCCUCAGUCCUCUCAUCGCAUAUUUACUUUAUUAGCUGUCGCCAACAUAGACGAAAGAAAGUAUAUAUAUAGCAUAUAAUGAGACAACAAGCAUGUUUCUCGACCGUGUAAUUGUGACUUAAACUGGCAAUGAAAACUGAAACAUGAAAAAAUGAAACGUGCCCAUUGUGUAGCAAUGACAGAUGCUAUAGACGCAAAAAUAACACUGUACUUCAUGCCAGAAAAUAAGUGAUAGGGUUGGACAAGCUAGAGGGAAUUUCAAAUGUCAGUAUAGCUACUGCAGACUGCAAAUUUGAAAUAACUACUCGCUCUGUCUCAUUAAUGAGAUACAUGUUUUGUAUUAAUAAAAAACACUCUCGAGCCAGUCGAAAUUGAAAGCGUAUCUCAUGGUUCGAAAGUCUGAUAACUCGUGCGUCAUUGUUAUUUUGACGGAGAUGUUGCUUCAGCUGACAGAGAAUGGAAACUUUAAUUUCAUUCUGAUUUGAAUUUCUCAUAGAACGGUAAGUACAGUAAGUUUACCGUAAUUUUGAACUAGAGAACUAACUAGGCUUACCUCAAGACAGAUAUUUUUGACAGUUAUAAAUUGUCCACUGAGAGAUUUAAACUCGUGUUUAAUAGAAAUGGAAAUGUUAGGAUUAGUAAACCGUGCCAUACAUUACAUAAAACUGAUUCAAAUUCACGUUUGGUUCAAAUUAUAUGUACUGGAAUGGAAAAAUAAAAGCCUCAGUAAAUUGAUUCUGAUGCGUGAGAGUUUAUCUUUGACUCUCUAAAGUAAUAAAGCAUAAAUAGGGAUUUGGAGUUCUCUCGUAGUAUUUCAUUGUAUUGUUUAGUAUCUUGGUGUUAGUUUAAGUAUGGAAUGUGAACAAGUAAACAAUAUAUGAACAAUGAUAUCAACAAUGAUAUGAACAAGGCUGUGAUGAUUCUUCUGUUAUCUUGCAGACAAACUCCUUGAAGUCCUUGUUGUGAUCUAACAAGCUGUACCAGACUUUUGUAGUUUUUUUCCUUCACACUCUGAAAGGGAAUUAGUGGUGAGUACACAUUUGAUUUGAUUCGGGUUCCCUCUAAUAGUCAAUACCCCCAUCUAUUAAUCGCUUAUUACUUUUCAUCCAUACACACUUUAUUGAACCUCCCCCUUGUGAUAGUCAGGGGGGACUCCCUUUCAUAAGCCGUAAGUUAGAUAAGUGGGCAUCAAACGGCAUGCUUUUUGAACCAUUGUGGUCUAAAAUUAAUCAUAGAUCUUGGCCAUGUUGGUGUGAUAUAGGGUAUGGGUUUUGGGAUCUAGUCAACACUUAGGCAUGAUUCUCAUAAGAAACUUACCUUAUUGUUGUUACUCAUUGUUUGGGAAGGGCGAUAUUGGUGCAAUAUAAAAAACGUCGGGAAUUCGAGGGACUUUUUAUCCAAACCGAAGCAGUCGGUAGCUUGGAUCAAGUCUGAAUUUGGGUAUCGGGUUGUGGUCACGGUUAAAUUACCUGGGUAGAGAAAAUCGCAUAUUUUCGCCAAUUUUGCUUUGGGUUUCAAGAAGCGGGGCCCCAGUUUCGGAGAAUAGUACCUCCACGUACAAUCAUCCCCGGACAAAGUUCCUGCUCUGAGCUGACACUCUUAUGAUUGUUUUUCUUCACGCAGUGAUUAAGCGAGGGAUUUAUCUUUGGUUUAAUUCGUCCUUAGAAGGGGCGAGGAACCCCCUGAAACUCUAAUUUGGUAAGUACGUAUCAUUGGUCGAUUUUCAACGAGAUAAUUUUUUACUUAAUAAGGAGAAAAUACAAGAGAUGAUCAAUGUUCAUUUUUCUAAGAAUAGUACAGCCUCUCCACACUUUCUUAAGAUUCGAUUUCUUAUUGUAGAGGUUUCGGAUUUAAUGGUUGUAUACAUGUCAAUCUUGGGGGCACUUGACUAUUUUGAGGUCACACAAAAGCCAAAACUGAUGCUCAAACUUCGUGACUGGGUUAGCUCAGGUCUAAACAAAAUUCUACGUACAUAGCUUAAUUACAGUGGAGAAAAGUCAUAUAUUGUUUUUAAUAAUUUAUUUUAUGUUCUGUUUAUUGUUACUGUGCAUUCAGAAGAUUUUUACGCUAUUAAAAAUUGAUUGUCACUUCACAGGAAGAUUCAUUUUGCUGAACCAGACUGAAUUGGAUUUGAUUCUGAUUUUGACUCCUCAAGUAACGGGGGAGAGCCUUGUUGCUCACAAGGGCGAAGUUAACGUUGGAUUUCGUUCCGAAGCUCACUUCUCAAGUAACGGAUAGAAUAACAAACAAAGUCCAGUGUAAAGAGACACUAUCGUUGCUUUUGUAUUCUUGAAACGGAGAGAACAGGAAGUGGUGAGUGUUUACUGUGUCAUUGGUUGUUCUUCAAACAAAAAUGACCUUAAUAGCAAGAAAACAUUUCUAUGAAAUAGCUAGACAGCAAAAUUGUGAAAGUUCUAUUUCACUUUGCUCUAAAACGUUGUCUCUGAUGAAGCUGGUUAAGAACGAAUGUGAUACCUUAUUACAUGAAAUUUUGGCGACGCUUUAAUUGAGCGAAUUUAGCGAUUUUUCUAAGAAUCGCUAAAUUAAAAUGCAUCAAAAUUAGGAGUCACUAAAUCUAAAUCGUCGCUUAAUUAAAGUGAGUACAAAAUGAAAUACCGCCAUGUGAUCAGUUUCACACAAUCAGUUAAUGGCCAAGCUAAGAAAUUCUGCAAAGAGAAAUUUACCACCUGGUACUCGGGAGAGGCUCAAAAGGCAGUUAGACAGUGGGACAAGCUUGGAAAACAAAGAGGUUCAUCUCAGGAUGUUAGUAAUGAAGCCAAUUCACGCAGGCUGGCUUCUCGCAUUAUACGACCCUCUGACCGGCGCUGAAGGAAGGAAAUGUAUUCUCAGUUUUGUGAGUCAAGGAAAUUGCCAAACGAGGCAAACUACUGAGACCUGUUGAUCUAUUUGAAGUAAUCCACCGAACUUGAUCGGUGUCGUUAGAAUGUUAAUGGUUAGCUACUCGUAAAAGGAGCAUUGACUUUGUGUGACAGUGCAAAUAUGAGUCAGGACAGCAUUAAGAUAGGACAGUACAGUUGCAGUUUCGUUUCUUUCGUUCAAAAUUAAAUUUCGAAAAGUUGUAUGAUUGUGAUUUAAAUGAAGCUAUUAACGUCUAUGAUUUUAUCACAUAAAUGUUCUAUCGUCCUCGUAAAAGUUUUCAAUGCCUUAAAUCGUCAAAGUUUCAGUUCGUGAAAUCGCAAACAUUAAGUGACUUAUGUUCCAAAAUUUACGAAAAAUCGCUAAAUUAAAGUGCCGCUAAAUAAGGUUUUCCAAAAUCGUUAAAUUAACGCGUCGCCAAAAUUUCAUGUAAUAAGGUAAUAGAUUAAAACAGUGCUGGCUUAAUUAUGCGCAUGUCUGGAUAGACAUAGAAGGGAGCUUAAGCAAACACGACGCCGACACCGAGGACGACGCCUACCCAAAUAUGAAUUUAUAUCUAACCAGCGAAAUUUGCAAUUGUCUAGAUCUGUUCAAUUCCCCAAUGGUUAUUAAAACGUGCCCAAGCCAAAUAUUGAAUGACAGCGUUCAAUUCCAAAUGGAAAUACGGAAAAUUAGCCGUCGUCCUUCGCGUUUCUCAGGCUAUGCAGAAAUUGGUCAUUUAACGUUCUUGUUUUGAAGAGGACGACAAAGAAAUCUACAAAGAUUUAUAGCGCAUGUGCACAGCUUUGUUUUAGUCAUUAAUUCUUUCGGUUUUUUUGGUGACGUUCUCGUUGCCGUCAUCGUCGUCCCUUUAUUGUUGAAAACGGCUUUCGAUAUUUGAUCUUUUUCCACCUAAUUCAAUUGCAUGAUUAAAUUAAUGAUUGUGUAUUACGUAUUCAGAACACUCCAGCCCAAAUAACAAACUCGUGUGCUAAUCAAAGCAGAGUGAAACCGAAAAUAAUUUGGAUUUCAAGUUGAUGCAUUUUCAGAACUUAACAUGGUCCGUUUAAACCAACAUAAACCAAAAUAUCUAGCGAGAUUUGUGCGAUGAAUCAUGAACUUGAGCUGAUAACUUCCGUGCUAACUAACUAACAAAGAGGCAAAUAUUUCUUCAGUAUAUAGGUGUUACUAAUUAGUAAAGUGAUACAGGUUAUAUAUGAAAACAGCAUUUAACAAAUGGUUAAACGUACUUGGUUCCAGGUUUGUGUACAGGUUUAUUAUCUGAUAUAUCCUGACAGAAAGUGUUUGACAUGUACAACGUAGACGAAGUUAUACAAGUCAUCUCAAUCGGCCUCAUUGUUGCAAGCUUCCUCCUCCACACCAAUCGAUUUUUAAAAGCCAUCGAAUUAUGCAAGGAAUGCUUAUUUAUUCUCAAAGACACAGCAGGUUUAAAAGGCAAGGAAAUAAACAAGUCAUUCUACAAGAGGUUAUAUUUUACUAUGCGGAAAGCUUGUAGUAUUAUCAAUGAUAACACAAGCGCCAUAAGAUAUGCAGAAAAAAUUCUCGAAAUUUACCGUGAAAGUGGCGAAAGACUUGAAGAAUGUGUGCUAAGUGUAGCUCUUGCAGGAAUGUAUCUACAUCAGAGUAAAUACGCCCAAGCAAAGCAAAUCUAUGAAAAAGCGCUACUAAUUAGUAAACAAAUCGGUUACAGAAAGGCAGAAGCCUGCUGUUACAGAGACCUUGCAAAUAUGUAUCGAUUAGUUGGCGAAUAUGAAAAGGCUAGAGAACAUCUCGAGAAAUCACUUGCGAUCAACAAAGAAACUGGAGACAUAGCUGGUGAAGCCAGCUGUUACACAAACCUUGGAAAUGUGUAUGGAUCAGUUGGCGAAUAUGAAAAGGCUAGAGAACAUCUCGAGAAAUCACUUGCGAUCAACAAAGAAAUUGGAGACAUAGCUGGUGAAGCCACCUGUUACACAAACCUUGGAACUGUGUAUGGAUCAGUUGGCGAAUACGACAAGGCUUCAGACUACUUGGAAAAAUCAUCGGCUAUGAGUAGAAAAAUUGGCACCAGACAUCAACUAGCUAUUUCUUAUCAUAAUCUGGCAACUCAAUUUUGGAACUUUAGAAAUUAUAGAAAAGCUAACGAAUAUAACAAGAAAGCCCUUGCCAUCCUAACAGACAUUGGAGACAAAAGCGGAGUGGCGUCAGUCUACAUCACGCAAGGAUUGGUGGAGUACGCUGUAGGUGCGCAUAUCAAAGGAAAAGAAUACUUUGAAGAAGCACUUGCGAUAAGCAAAGAAAUUGGAAACAGGAGCCUAGAAGCGCAAGGUUGCUUCCAGCUUGGACAAUUCUUUUUCGUACAGGCUCAAUAUGCUAAAGCGGAAGAAUAUAUCAAGAAGGGACUUACAUUAAGUGAAGAGAUUGGAGAUAUUAAAUGUCAGUUCGAUUUGCUCCAGAUGAUGGCAAGCCUUAGGAUGAGAGAUGGAAAGAUUCAAGAAGCUAUCUUGUAUUUCUUUUCUGCUAUCGAAAAAUGCGAAGAAAUUCGAGGCUCCCUCCGAGACAACGAUCAAUUUAAGAUAUCAUUCUCGGAUUGCAAUAUUCUUUCCUACAGGCAACUCAGCUCUUUACUCAGUGCAACCGGAAAUCCUGAGGAAGCUCUGUAUGUUUCAGAGCUUUCAAGGGCCAGGGCUUUGGCAGAUUUAAUGUCAGCUCGGUACUCUGUGGAGAAUAAAAUCUCUGCUAAUCCUCGAAGAUGCGCUGCUAUUGAGGGCAUCGUCGCUAAACAGUGUAACCGCACCUGUUUGUACGUCUCAUAUUCUUGUGACAGCAUAUACUUGUGGAUUCUUAAAGGAAGCGGAGCCACACAUGUCCAGUUGAAAAAAGCAAGUGAUCUAAUAGCCUGCGAAGGAUUAAGUCAACGUUUGAAGAAGUUCUUUAACUUCAGAGGUCUUGGCGUUUUACCAGAGGAACUUUGCGAGGACGGAUCUUUACAUGAUUUUCAGCCGGUCUCCAAAUCAUGCGAGGAAAACAGCCAUGAAGGUUGGCGAAGUGUAAACGAAAGUAAAGACAACCAAGGACCCAAAAUGAACCUUCCUAUCUGUUACAAACUGAUCAUCGCUCCUGUGGCAGACUUACUUGAGGGCCCUGAAAUCAUCAUUGUUCCUGAUCGCGCCUUACACAGCAUUCCAUUUGCCGCAUUAACCGACGAAAGUGGAAAGUACUUAUCCGAGACUUUCAGGAUCCGUGUUGUUCCUUCAUUAACAACUCUCCAGCUCAUUAAUGAAAUUCCAGCCGACUAUCACUGUCAGACCGGUGCAUUGAUAGUGGGAAAUCCUGAUGUUGGUCAAGUGCAUUUCAAAGGACGCCUCACGGACAUUUCGCGAUUGCCUUGUGCAGAAAACGAAGCGAGGAUGGUAGGAGAAAAGCUGGGUGUCGAGCCUUUGUUAGGGCAGCAAGCGACUAAGCAUGCGGUACUUCAAGCGAUGAAUUCAGCGGCCCUGAUUCAUAUCGCCGCACACGGUGAUGCAGAAAGGGGAGCAAUUGCCCUUGCACCAUCGUUUCGUGUUCCUAACGGGAUACCUCAAGAAGGACUCUACUUAUUGACAAUGUCUGACAUUUCAAAAAUUCAACUGCGAGCUAAACUGGUAGUCCUUAGCUGUAGCCACAGUGCUCGUGGACUGACAAAAGCCGAGGGAGUUGUUGGAAUUGCCCGAGCAUUCUUAGGAUCUGGUGCACGCUCAGUGUUGGUAGCGCUGUGGGCCCUGCAUGACAAAUCAACGGAACAGUUAAUGGGUCAAUUCUACGAUCACCUUGUUGCCGGGGAAAGUGCUGGUGAAUCUCUACACGAGGCCAUGAAGUGGAUGAGAAAUGAGGGCUAUGACGUGAACCAGUGGGCACCUUUUAUACUGAUUGGAGAUGACGUGACAUUUGAUUUUGGAACGAAAGGUAAGACUCGAUCAAAACACGAGCCUUUUCUAUUUCUAGCAAAGGGCUUAUGGUAUUAAGUCACAAUUUUCCAUACAUAUUAUCGAUCAAUGUAUUAUUUUCGGUUAUAAUAGGGUUAGUUUUAUAUAUCUAAACGCGAAGAAAAAGAAAAAGACUGGUAUCUAAUAAUAUGUAACAA